UAAUAUUAUAUAAGACCAUUAUCAUUUUGAAUGGUUUUGUGUCUGUGCAGAUAUCAUCUCUUUCACUCCUUCCAUGGAAUUCGUCUCUUCAUCGUCCAAACUCCCACGGAAUUACGAUGUUUUGAUCAACUUUACUGGAGAAGACAUCCACAGGAAAUUUGUUUCUCAUCUCGAAUUUGCCUUCUCUACGGUUGGGCUCACCACUUUCCUUCACCACCAGAAUGCAGUGAAGUCAACGCACAUCCAACAACCUAUUCUCAACCUCUGUCGGGUAGCGAUUGUUGUUUUCACCAAAACCUAUUCUCAAUCUGCUUGGUGUCUUAAUCAGCUUCAACAAAUCAUCAAAUGGCACCAAACUUAUUGCCGACAUGUUCUGCCCGUAUAUUACGAAAUCCAACCAUCUGAUGUACGUCUUCAGAAGGGUGAUUUUGGGAAAACCUUGAAGGCUACUGCACGACAAACAUUUUUAGGGCAACAACUGGAGGAUGGCUUGUCGAGAUGGAGCCAAGCACUCACCAAAGCUGCAAAUUUCUUUGGAUGGGAUGAGAGCAAUCAUUGGAGCGAUGCUGAACUAGUGGACAACAUUGUUAAGAGCGUACUUAAUUUACCAGUCCUGUCAGUUACUAAAUUUCCAGUUGGAUUACAAUACCGUGUGCAAGAUGUGAUUCAAACUAUCAAAGAUAAAUCCGAGGAAGUUUGUAUAAUAGGGAUAUGGGGAGAGAGAGGAUCUGGUAAAACCACUCUUGCCAGAGCCAUCUACCAUCAAAUUCAUGGUACAUUCACGGAGAAAAGUUUCGUUGAAGAUAUCUCAGAAGUUAAUCUAACGAGAGGGUAUGUUAGUUUACAAAGACAACUUCUUUCAGAUGUACUAAAAAGAAAGGUGGAGAUACAUAGCGUUGAGAUGGGAAGAAAAAUGACUAUGGAAAGACUUUCUGGGAAACGAGUGCUCAUUGUACUUGAUGAUAUGAAUGAGUAUGGUCCAUUUUUUGACUUAUGCAGAUAUCGUAAAAGACUCAGUGGAGGAACCGUAAUAAUCAUUACAACAACAGAUAGAGACCUAUUGGUGAAUCAUUCAGAUUCUGUAUUUUCGAUACAGCUGAUGAACGACAUGGAGUCCAUUGAGCUUCUUAGUUGGCACGCAUUUAGAGAAGCAAAACCAAAACAAGAAUACGAAGACUUUGCAAGAAGAGUGGUUAGAUAUUGUGGAGGACUACCUCUAGCUCUUGAAGUCAUUGGAAGUACUUUAUUUGAAACGACGGAAGAAGAAUGGUGUAGUGUAUUGUUUGAAUUAGAGGAAAAUCCCCAGCAUUCUGUUAUACAUAAAUUGAAAAUAAGUUUCGACUGUUUACGCAAUCAAAUGGAAAAAGAUUUAUUCCUUGAUGUAUGCUGUUUCUUUGUUGGUAAGGACAGAGCCUAUGCUAUGAAGAUUCUAAAUGGCUGUGUAGUAGACGCUGAUAGUGGAAUAAGAGUCUUGAUAGAGCGUAGCCUCAUAAAAGUUUCCAAGAACAACAAAUUUGGAAUGCAUCCUUUGCUACGAAAAAUGGGAAGACAAAUUAGUCUGGAUAUUUUAGGAAACAAACAUGGGAAGAACAUUGAACUGUGGUUUGAUAAGGAUGUAGAAUAUGCACUGCCACAUAAUACUCUCCUUUCAUCACAGAAGACAGAAGUGAUUCAGAGAUUGGUUUUAACCUUAAGAGAUUUCUCCGAACUUAAUCCUUUAGAUUUAAGAGACCCACAGACAAAAUUCACUGAAGAUCCUGACUACCUUUAUGAGAAACUGAGAUGGAUAAGAUUGCAAGGGUUUUCUUCAGAAUACCUACCUAACGACUAUGGUCGGGGUGACACAAUAGCGAUUGAUUUAAAACACAGUCUUCUUCAACGCGUCUGGAAACAACCCCAGGUUUUGAGGUCGCUAAAAUUCCUUAAUCUUAGUCACUCCAUGCACUUGAAAGAAACACCUAACCUUUCAGGGCUACCAUGUCUUGAACAGCUCAUUCUGAAAUGUUGUCCAAAAUUGCGAAAAGUACACCAAUCUAUCGGAUGUCUCUGCAAUCUUUUACUGCUAAAUUUGAAGGACUGUACAAGUCUAAGCAAUCUCCCUAGAGGGAUAUACAAGUCGAAAUCUUUAAGAACUCUCAUUCUCUCUGGUUGUUCCAAGAUUGAGAUAAUGGAUAAAGAUAUAACGCAGAUGGAAUCCUUGAUAACUCUAAUUGCUGAAAAUACAGCUGUGAAAUCACUUCCUUUUUCAAUUGUAAGCUCAAAAAGCAUUGGAUAUAUAUCAACACAUCAAUUUGAGGGAUUGUCUCGUAGUUUUUUCCUGUUAUCAUUCGGUCUUGGAUGUCGCCAACAAUGAAUCCCAUAUCUUACAUGCAUUCAUUUUGCAUGGAAAUGGAUGAUAAUAGCUGGGAUGAUAUUGCGCCAUUGCUUAGCUCCCUUAGAAAUCUUCGAAGUGUUUUGGUGCAAUGUGAGACCGAGUUUCAACUAUCUUUGCAAUUUGAAACUAUUUUGGCUGAAUAUGGUGUGAAUAUUACAGAAUCAAGAAUUUCGAAGCUUCACUUGAGCUCUUCUUUGAUUGGUUUUGGAAGCUACAAUGAAUUCUUCAGUACUUUCAGCGAUACCAUAUCUGAGGUAUUGGCAAGGGCAAGCAGUGAGUCUUGUGAUGUUUCUCUACCAGCUGUCAAUGAUCCUUAUUGUUUGACCCAUAUGGGUGAUGGACACUCUGUUUCUUUCAGUGUUCGUGACAUGCCCGGAACGAUUUUGUGUGUUGUUUAUUUAUCAAUCCCUAAAAUCAUUAAACCUGAAUUUAGUACUAUUUUAAUUGUUAAUUACACAAAGUGUACAUGCCACAUACACAACCAUGAAACGGUAAUUUCCUUUUGUGAUGAAGACUGGCAUGGCAUAAUGUCAAAUUUAGAAUCUGGAGACAAGGUGGAGAUUUUUGUGACUUUUAUUCAUGGAUUGGUGCUCAUAAACACAGUUGUCGAUCUCAUAUCAAAUAACCAGAAGAAAGAGCUUGAGUCGGAGGAAAAUUGUCUCAUUGAAUUCAUAAAGAAAGUUGUAAUGUGUGACUUCUGGUAAUCCUAGUGUCCUUGAUUGCAAUUUAUUUUUCCCCACCCUUUCCAUAUUUUUCUUUAGAGUGUAGCUUGUAGUUAAGAAUUUCAUAUUUAGUUUGCCCUGUUUCUCACUAUUGGCAUUGUGGUUCAUUUGCUUUACUUGA